AUGCAAAUACGUCAGAAGAGGUUCCUUCCCCAGGGCUUAGAGCAGAGCAGGCUCAGACAGGAGAGCAACACGAUGAGGCUGUUUGUCUUGCUAGCUAUGCUUUACAGUGGAGUAAGCAGCAGCAUUGUGCUGCAGAAAAUGUAUGGGAGGAUCACGUCCCCCAACUUCCCAAAUGUCUACCCAAAUCACAAGGAGAGAAUCUGGAAUAUUACUGUCCCCAAGGGAUAUUCUGUCUGCAUCUACUUCACGCAUUUCAACCUGGAGCUGUCCUACCUGUGUGAAUACGAUUAUGUGAAGCUGAGCUCUGGUGGGAGGACCUUGGCUACGCUGUGUGGAAAGGAUAGUACAGACACUGAGGAGGCUCCGGGCAACAAGACAUACGUCUCCGUUGACAACAACCUCAUGGUAGUGUUUCGGUCUGACUACUCCAAUGAGAAACCAUUCACAGGCUUUGAGGCCUUUUAUGCUGCUGAAGAUAUCGAUGAGUGCAAACAGCUGUUUGGUGGUGAACCCCUCUGCAAUCAUCACUGUCACAACUAUGUGGGGGGCUACUAUUGCAGCUGUCGGAUUGGCUACACACUGCAUGAAAACAAGAGGACAUGCACAGCACAAGUCAAGAGAUCAGUUUUUACCAAAAGAACUGGAGAAAUCACCAGCCCUGACUAUCCAACACCUUAUCCCCCGCUCAGCUCCUGCAGCUACAGUAUCCAGGUAGAAGAUGGCUUCCUGAUCACGCUGGAUUUCAUGGAGACUUUUAACGUGGAGACACACCCAGAAGUGUUGUGCUGCUAUGAUGUCCUUAAGGUUAAACCACCCAAAAAGCAAUUUGGCCCAUUCUGUGGAAAGACUUUGCUUGCAAAAAUUGAGACACAGGCAAGUGUGAAUACUACUUCCAUAACUGAUAUCUCAGGAGCACACACUGGGUGGAAGAUGAAAUUACACAGUUUGCCAUGUCCCAGUCCUGAAGCACCACCCGAUGGACACAUUGCACCAGUGCAAGCGCAGUACAUUCUGGAUGCUCUCUCUUGUGACAUCGGGUAUGUGCUACUUGAAAAUUAAAAUGUUGUGAAGUCUUUUGUAGCGGAAUGUCGAAAAGAUGCGUCUUAGAACAAACCAAUGGCAGAGUGCCUCAUUGUUGACUGUGGUCAACCUGAGGACAUAGGCAGUGGUGCCGUUACUUACGUUACGGGGCCUGAGAAGAGCACCUACAGUGCUGAAAUGCAGUACCAGUGUGAAGCCCCCUUCUGCACCGUGAAGGCUAAUAGUAACGGUAAAUAUACAUGCUGCGAUGAUGGAUAGUGGAAAAACUCCAAAGGAGAAACCCCUCCUGCCUGUGAACCAGUUUGUGGAACGCAGAGAAGUGGAACUGUGGAGCGUAUCUAUGGAGGAGGGAGAGCCAAGCCUGGAGCGUUUCCCUGGCAAGCGAUGUUAAUUACAGAGCAAGGAGCGUUAGGAGGUGGUUCGCUUUUGUGUGACAACUGGGUUCUAACAGCUGCUGAUGUUGUAGCUGAUCAAAGAAACCCCUCAGCUUUGAGGAUUAAAUUGGGGAUUUUGAACAAACGCUCAUUUUGCUAUGAAGACGCCUGGGCAAAAAAAAAGUUUAUUAAUGAAGGUUAUAAAAAUGAUCUUGUCAUUAGUGAUACGGCAUUGGUUAGACUGGAGCAUAAAGUCUCAAUUAGUACCAAUAUCACACCCAUUUGUUUACCAGGAAAAGAUGACAGAUUUCAAAUGAGAGCAAAUGCGGGUAGAAGUGAGACGAGGAGCUCUUCUGUUGUACUGCUGCACGCUGAGCUGGCAGUCAUCAGCCAGAAAGAACAUACAGAUGUGUACGCAAAUAAACCUUUACCAGAAAACCUGCUGUGUGCUGGAGCUGAGGGAGGGGGCGGAGGUGCCUGUCAGGGGGACAGCGGAGGACCGCUCUUAGGUGCUCAGGCCAGCAAAAGGUUUAUCAUGGAUAUUGUGUCCUGGCGUUUACACUGUGCUCUUGCGGGGCAGAAUGGGGUCUAGGCAAGAGUCACCAGUUACUUCCCUUGGAUUGAAAGCACUAUUGUAAAUAAUUCUUAA